AUGCGUUCAUCUCUCCUGCUCGGCCUUACAGUGGUGGUGCUGCUGGGCAUCACCGUGCCUCCAUGUAAAGCAGGCUUCGCAAUCACCCAGCUUAUGCCAAAGAUAGUCAACGCCAUACUUUUUACGAUUGGGCAAUUCGGCACAAGUUUCUCUUUUCUGGGCCACUCAUGUCAGGUGGAAACAGAGAAACAACCAGACGGCUUCUUCACCACACAGAUGACAUGUACUCCCUGGAUUACUGAAAUUGGAGAAGGCAGAAACCUGGAUGAUCUCGAGGCCCUUAGAACAUCUAUCCAAACUUUUAUCGUGAAUGCAUAUGAUGACAAGUUGUUCACCAUAGAAGAAAUCGAAGAGUGGCUUGCUUCUUAG